GAGAGGAGUCAGACAAUUUAUAGACAAGAGGAAAAGGAGUAGUGAAGACAGGGACCGCAGACAGAUUAGGAAGAGGAUGAGUAAGGGGCCAGACAUUUUCCAUUGCCGUGUGAAGAGGACGAAAAGAAGAGCCUGGGACCACUUGGGAGGAACAAUUGCACGCUGAGCACAAUCUAUGUUUCUAAAUCUGCAGAGGAAGAAGACAGAGAGAGACUAGCAGGCUGGAAGGGCCCCCAAUAAGGCAUGAAGAGACCCCUCCAUCCUGCCAUAUCAAGUAACUAUUUAGUUGCACUCACUCCCAAGGAGACAACCACUUAAUUUAUUACUUGCCCACUAGGGGUCCCUCCACUCACUCACUGCUUAACACUAGCAUCAGAUAAAAUCAUACCAGUUAUUCUAGUCAGGAGACCUGAUUUUGCAUGCUAAUUUCUUCUUUUAAAGUAUGGAUUCUGAAAUGCGUAGCACAUGUUUAUGUGCUGUAAGGAUAGUCAGAUUACUGUGCUAGCUUGUGAUUGGUCUGUUUGACCUCGCCUUGCAUCCUCUGCUUCAAAGCAUUCUUCAUUCUGUCCCACGUUCACAUUCUACAGUUUGCAAAGGAAUUGUUGGGAGGAUUUGACUUAUUUUUCCUCAAGAGUGACCAGAGUGAGGUAAUGCCUGUUGUGUAACAUAUUAAUAUUCUGAAACAUUACCUUUUUUUUUUUUAACUUAUGAGGCACAUUGCUUGCUUGGUUAAAAUUCAUCAUGCAUGUUAUACAAUAUAAGCUGUAGAUAUUGAAUGUGCUAUCAAAGUUUAAUUUAUACUGUCAUUUAGUGUAUAUUAUACAGUCUGGAUAAUAGUUCAUUGUAUCUGGAAAGAUGAUUUUUGUGUCAGUAAAGGCAUUUAUUAUUUAAACAGGUAAUUGUGGUGAAUUGGCAUCUCAAUUGUAAGGUUAAGUCUAAAUAGCUGUAUAUAAAACAUACAAAUCUACUGUUUGAAUUGAGAUUUUUUUUUUUUUAUCUAAAUACAAUGUUUUAUUCUAAAAUAAAAUAAUCUUAUUCUAAGAUUUUCAUCUUCAUUGUAAUCAUUGUGUGUCAUUUGCACACUAUCCCAAAUCCCUAUGCAUAUUUAAAUAACUGGUGGGUUUUAGUAGCACUCCUAUGGCUAUUAGGUGUAAGUCCAGCUGCCAUGUCAAGGCAAACCUCUUAGGUGGGCCCUACACUAACAAUUCACCUCGCUUCCUUCAGCUUCAGGUAAAAAAAUCUCUAAUGAGACAGAGGGGUAUUUUUUUGAUUUGGGAUAGUGCACAAGUAACUGAUUUAUCUGGUCAUUGCUGCUGUCCAGGAAUAGUGGGAGUCUGAGCGCAGGACUUGUCUUUGUAUAAUUGUGUCAUUUAGUGUAUAGGCUCCUAUAUGUGCAUAGACAAGCCUACUGUAUGGAGAUAAGUUGCGUUUGUUUCUUUUUUAAUGAGAGAGGGAAUGAAAAAUGAAAGACACACAUUCUUAAACUUGUACUUAACCCCUUAACGCCGUUAUGGCGUUCUAUGCUUUAAAUGGGCUCUAAAGCCGUUGCGAAAGCAUAGAACGCCAUAACAGCUUUGAGCCCUGGAGCGCCCGGUAUACUCACCUUCCUUGCGCUCCGCUUCAGGUGGACUGCCUGACAGCCCAGACAGCCCUCCCACGGCAAAUCAGGCCCCCAGGGGCCAUGUGAUUGCUCUCAAAGAGCGAUCACAUGGCCGCAAGAGCUGCCUGCAGGGGGACUGCCUGGGUUGUCACUUUUUUCGGUUCUCUUUGAAAAAUAUAGCCUUGGUGCUCCACAGUGGAACAAAAAUACACUCUUCCAAUAUUGGAAAGAAGUGGGCAUUCAUAGGACUUUGUUAUGAAAAAAUAAAAAAAGUUUUUAAUUGUGCAACGUCAACGUUUCGGACCCACUCGUGAUCCUUUCUCAAGACAAAUUACAAUCAUCACAAUAUCACUUAUAUACCCUGUGUGUAUCCCACCACCACGGAAGACGAAACUGGAAACUAAGUGCGUACCGGAAAUGAGUUACAGCCUAAUGCCUCCUAAAACCGUGCACCCGUAUAUGGAACCUAACAGCAACAAAGAUGUUGUAAAAUAGUUCCGGAAGGGUGUAUGUGUGUAAUACAAAGAGAACACAUCCAAAAAAGGGAUAAACCGUGAGACUAAGCGAAGUUGCCUCUAUGCAGUUAUGCAAAACAGCAACUAUAAAAUAGGAAAGCCAGACUUUUUAUAGAAAAAUAUCUUAGAAGGACUGGAUAAUAAAUUUUAAUUAAAUAGAAGAUAUAAUUUAAUAUUUCUAUUUUCAAAUAUUUCUAUAUAUGAUUAUAUCCCAUUAUACAUCUUAGUGACUCAAUCAUCUCAAGAUGGGUUCUAUAGAUGUCAGGCUACCAUCUAUAGAUAGUAAUAAAAAGAGGAAAUAGAAGCUGAUAACAGGCUAGGAGAAGGAAUGAACAAAUUCUUAGUGGUUAUUAAAUUUGUAUAACACCACUGUAAACAAGUUGAAAGGACAUAUAUAUAUACAUAUACUAUAUAUAUAUAAAAUCAGUCUCUGAUGGAGACCGUAUUAAACGAGUCCAAAAAAUAUCAAUUAGAUGACUAAAGAGAUAAUUUAUAGCUGUCAUCAUAGUUAUUAGCGUGUGGGCAAGAAAGAUAAAAAUGAAAUAUAUUGAUUGAGACCAUAUGGAGAUAUGGUAUUGAGAAUCUUUAUCCAAAAGGUCUGACGCUGUAAGAGCAGACGAGCUCUAUCACCCCCACUGGAGAGUGGUGGUAUUGUAUCGAUGCCAAUGAACUUUAACGUGCUCAAUGAGUGUCCUAUCUACAAAAAAUGUUUUGCUACUGGUUUCUCCGUGAAGCCAUCACGAUAAGCGGUAUUAAUAGCUGAUCGGUGCCCUAGUAUUCGGUCUCUCAAGGUUAACUCUGUUUUUGCUAUGUAGUGUAGUCCGCAUGAACAUGUGAUUUUAUACACUACAUGGACCGUCAUACAGGUGAUAUGUUGUUUAAUAUCAAACCGUUUGUUGUUGUGUGGAUUUAGAAAAGUCCUUGUUUGUAACAUGUGUCCAAAUGUUACACACCCUGUACAUUUGAAACAUCCAGGUUUAGAGGUUCUGUUAUUUAACAAGUUUUUAUGAUUCGGGUCUGUGGAUACUAUUAAAUCUCUGAUGUUGCGACCCCUGACAAAACUAAACGUGGGAAGGUGCUUACUUAGAAACAUAGAAACAUAGAAUGUGACAGCAGAUAAGAACCAUUCGGCCCAUCUAGUCUGCUCAAUUUUAAAAAAAAAUACUUUCAUUAGUCCCUGGCCUUAUCUUAUAGUUAGGAUAGCCUUUAAGUAAGGUUCCAAUGUGUUUUGACUGAUUUAGAUACAAACUCAGAUGCCGUUGUGUAUUGAGUGCUUUAUUGUACCGUACUCGAGUAUAAGUCGACCUGAAUAUAAGCCGAGGCCCCUAAUUUUACCACAAAACCUGGGAAAACGUAUUGACUCGAGUAAAGUCCUAGGGUGGGAAAAGCAGCAGCCACUGGUAAAUUUCUAAAUAAAAUUAAAUCCCAAUAAAAUUACAUUAAUUGAAUAUGUAUUUACAGUGUGUGUAUAUAAUGAAUGCAGUGUGUGUGUUUGUGUAGUGUGUGUAUGUAAUGAAUGCAGUGUGUGUAUAUAAUGAAUGCAGAAUGUGUGUGUUUGUGUGAAUGCAGUGUGUGUAUAUAAUGAAUGCAGUGUGUGUUUGUAUGAGGGUGUGUGUAUAUAAUGCAGAGUGUGUUUGUAUGAGUGCGUGUGUAUAUAAUGCAGAGUGUGUGUGUGUAUAUAAUGCAGAGUGUGUGUGUAUGAGUGUGUGUGUAUAUAAUGCAGAGUGUGUGUGUAUAUAAUGCAGAGUGUGUGUUUGUAUGAGUGUGUGUGUAUAUAAUGCAGUGUGUGUAUAUAAUGCAGUGUGUGCAUGUAUAUAAUGCAGAGUGUGUGUUUGUAUGAGUGUGUGUGUAUAUAUAAUGCAGAGUGUGUGUUUGUAUGAGUGUGUGUGUAUAUAAUGCAGAGUGUGUGUGUGUAUAUAAUGCAGAGUGUGUGCAUUAUAUACACACACACACUCUGCAUUAUAUACACAUACACUCAUACAAACACACACUCUGCAUUAUAUACAUACAGACCCUGUGUGUAUAUAAUGCAGAGUGUGUGUGUUUGUGUCAAUGCAGAGUGUGUGUGUGUGUUUGUGUAGUGUGUGUGAACUGGGUGGGGGGAGGGCAUUUUUAUUAUUUUUAAUUUAUUUUUAUUUUAUUAUUAUUUAAAAAAUAUAUAUUUUAAUAUUAUUUUAAUUUUUUAUUUUAUUUUAUUAUUUAAUAUUUUUUUUAGUCCCCCUUCCCUGCUUGUUGCCUGGCCAAGGAGCGGGGGCUGUAACAUUCCCUGGUGGUCCAGUGGAUGGGCUGUGUAGGGGUGAGGGGGGGGCAGAGCUGUUACUUACCUUUGUAGCAGCUCCGGUCAGCUACCUGUCAGCUCCGUGCAGCUCCCCCAGUCAGUUCACAGUGUAACCCGUGGCAAUGCUUUGACGGCCGCGGGCCUCGCAAGACUUACACUGUGAACUGAACUGGGGAGCUGCACAGAGCUUACCGGAGCUGCUACAAAGGUAAGUAACAGCUUGCUCCGGCCCCCAACAGGACCGCUGGGCUUGCAAUGAGCCCGGCGGUCCUGGUCUGUAUUAUGGCAAUGUAAGUUGCCAUAAUACAGACACAGACUCGAGUAUAAGCUGAGGGGAGAUUUUUCAGCACAAAAAAUGUGCCGAAAAACUCGGCUUAUACUCGAGUUUAUAUGGGUAAUUUUGAAGUAUUUUCACUUCUACUUUUUGACAACAAUUUAACUUUAUAAGGUUGUUUUGCAUUUUCUUUUGCUUUAUGUAGUUGUAUAUCCAGCAAGGACGAAGAAUAGAAAACGAUUGUACAUAUCUUAUACUUGAUCUUCAGAUUUUAUUAAAUUUGAGUUGUUACAAAGAAAUUGGGUAUAUGGAAUUGAUUUGAAUACAUGCGGUGGGGGGGAGCUUUGUCAAUGUAAGACAGUAGUUCUAUCUGUACUUUUUGUGUAUAAUGUGUAGCUUAAGGAGUUGUUUUCUCAUGUGAUUAACAGGUCCAGAAAGUUAAUCAUAUUCCUACUGUAUCUAUAUGUCAUUUUAAUAGGGCCAGGGUGGGUGUUGAUCUUCUUUACUAAUUCUUCAAAUGAUUUUCCAUUUCCCAACCAGACCAUGAAACAGUCAUCAAUAUAGUGUUUAAAUACUAGAGUAGACUGUUGAAAGAACGAUUUUAAGAUGGUUUCUUCAUAUUUGUACAUAGUUAUAGCUGUCCUCAUCGCCGUGCCCGUCUUCUGGAUAUAAUAUUUAUUCUCAAAAUGGAAAUAAUUUAAACUCAGUGUCAGAAUCCUAUCCUGACAACUCAAAUAAUGUUUCUUUUCUUAUUUUCUAUUUUACUUCAAUACCAGUUUUCACCACUUGUGGCCUUGCUAGCCACUAAUAGAGAUGUCGCGAACCGUCCGCGAACUUCUCGCGAACGGUUCGCUGCGGUUCGCCACGAGCUGUUCGCAGCGAACUCCGGUCAGCUGACACGUCCCGGCCAAUCUCCAGCAGACCCUCCCUCCCAGACCCUCCUACUUCCUGGACAGCAUCCAUGUUUCUACGAUGCUGUCCAGGAAGUAGGAGGGUCUGGGAGGGAGGGUCUGCUGGAGAUUGGCCGGGACGUGUCAGCUGACCGGAGUUCGCCGCGAACAGCUCGUGGCGAACCUUUCGCGAGAAGUUCGCGGACGGUUCGCGACAUCUCUAGCCAGUCCCUCACUCUGGAAACUUCGCUGAACACAAAUAUUAGUGUUUCAAAACGGUAAAUUGUAUUAAAACGAUCAUAUUGUCAGUGAAAGUGAUGUUUUUGCAUUUUUCACACACAAACGGCACUUUCACUGACGAUAUUAUUGUUGUAAUACGUUUUACUGUUUUGAAACACUAAAAAAAAAUUUUUAGUCCCCCCCUCCCAGUUUCUUACUUGGCCAGGGAGGGGGAAUAUAGCAUUCCCUGGUGGUCCGGUGGCAUGGACUGUGCAGUGGGGAACCGCAGCAAGCUCUUACCUUCCCAGCAGCUCCCUUCCGCUCUCUGUCUAACUCUCGCGGCCUGUGUGGAGUUAUGGCCGCGGGACUCGCGAGAUUUACACAGGGAGCUGCUGGGAAGGUAAGUAAGAGCUUGCUGGACCCUCCAGGAACCAUUACAAGCCCGGCUGUCCUGGUCUGUAUUAUCAGCAAUAUCGGCAUCUCUAUAGGCCGAUACCGAUAUUGCCAAAAAUACAGAAUAUCUGCUGAUAAUAUUGGUCAAACCAAUAAUCGGUCGAUCCCUAAUUACCGUAUUUAUACAAUCAAGUACUGAUUAUAAAUAGGUCCAUCAUAUUCUAAGUAAAUAUAUUUGACAUAUAAACUGUAGCUAUCGGUGAGAUUGAUACAAAUCUAUCCACUUAAGUUAGUAAGUAAAACAACAAAUAUGUCAAAUCACCGUGGUGGAGUAUCCAGUUAAAGUGUUAGAUCAUAUGCUGCCUUCCAUCAAUAACCUCCUAAAGAGUGUGUAUACAAAUCAAAGAGACACACUCCUAGGGUAGAUAUAAUAGGAAAGGGGAGGGAAAGAAACCAGGAGGAUAGGGUUUAUAGAGCAAGGGGCAAAAAAAACCCCGCAAACUAAACACUGAUAACACCAUGAGGGUAAAUCUACUAGUUAGCUCUUUGUCUCGCUACACUAUUGUGCCUUCAAAGGCACCCCUUAAAAAAUCUCUACCUCCCAUCAACUUGAGAUAAGAUAUACUAAUUACAGAAAAAGUAUAAAAGCAAAACCCAGCCCCUUUCCAGAUGGAAUACAAACAAAGAAUAAAUGUUAAAACCAAGUAUGAGAUGCCAACAGGAUCUCAAGAGAAGCUAUGGUGCAUAAAUCAUUAAGUAUAAAGCUGAAAAUUGCCCCAUGUCUCCGUCCUGACGUGCGUUUCACCACUAACUGGCUCUUCCCCUGGAUGCUGUUGGUAUCUCUUGGAUGAAAUAGCCAAGAUGUGACUCAACACUUUUGCAUACAUUUUUCAAUUCAGUUCACAACUGUUUAGUAGCUUGAGCACACAUGGGGUUUCUUUGAAUAUUGGGCAUUGUAUAAAAGAAAUGGCUUACUGAAUGUAUGGGUGGAGUCAUUUAACCCUAAUCACAUCCAAGGUGAUUUACAUAUUCAUUGGAGAACAUUAACAUAAUGUUUAUUUCAAAAGCAUGUAAGAACCAAAAAGAAACAGUAUUGUAAAAAAAUAAUAAAGUGCCAAUACUUAAACAUUUGCCAGGUGAGUUAGCAUAUGUAAUGUCAAGCAAAGCUAUGUUUUUUCAGUAAAUUGCCAUAAUCUUAAAAAUAUAAUGUUACUGGCUUGGACAUAUGAGACAUAUGUUAAGGUCAUGUAUUUGUGAUCUUGAUCAUGAAUGUUAUGAUGAUUUGGCUAAGCUCAUGUUAACUUACUUCCCUUCAUCUCCUGAAGCUCAGUUAAAGUUCAUUACCUGGGAGCCCAUUACAAAGUGCACUUCCCUGAUAGAUCCUCCAAAUAUCUCUAGGACCAAAUUGUAGGAAUUAAACACCAGGGUUAGUCAUACAUCCACAUAGGUACUGCAUGUGGCAGUUUGACAUCUCCCUCCUCUGAUGCUCGCCUCCAAGAUUUCUCCAGGGCUGCACCUCUUCUGUGGAACGCCCUUCCCUUCUCCAUAAGACUUUCAACCAGUCUCCACUCAUUCAAAAAAUCAUUGAAAACUCACUUCUUCAAGAAAGCAUAUCACUUAAACUGUAAGCAGGUUUUUAUCCCCCACCCCCAUGACUCCUCUCCUGCAAUUGUAAAAAAUUACCUACUAAGCCCUCAAUGAAUACUUUUCUAACAACCUACUUCGUACCCCUACUUUUACCCUUUGUAUCACUAUACCCCACUCCCUCUAGAAUGUAAGCUCAUUGAGCAGGGCCCUCCACCUCUCUGUUCCUGUACGUCCAACUGUCUGGUUAAAAUUACAUGUCUGUUAGUCCACCCAUUGUACUGCGCUACGGAAUGUGAUGGCGCUAUAUAAAUAAUGAAAUAAUAAUAAAUAAUAAUUAAAGGGUUUUAAAAAAAUAAAAUUAUUCUAUAUAUUUGCAGUGCAUAUGAAAAGUACAGUCAGGCCCGAGGUACCCCAACGGCAAUCCUCAGGCUUAGCAUAGUAUUGGGUAACGCAUGCACAAUUUUUUAUAUUAUAAACGCGAAAUAAUGUAACAUGUCCAGAUCGGUGAUAAAACCAGACUUCAAGGGUAACAAGAUGUUCUGGGCAUGUGGUUAAACAAUAGAGUGACAAAAAAAAUUAAUAAAGUUAAUAAACUGUGUCCCACAGCUUGAUUAAUUAGUUAGGUCGUGCAGUAUAUACAGUUCGAACUGGCCAGCGGGAUUAAUUAGACUUUAGUACUGAUAACUCACAACUAAUAAUUGUAGAGUUUAAAGGCAGAGCAGGCGUCUGGCUAAGCGUGGUAGUAGUGGUAUUGUUGUUGCUGUGUGUAGGUGAAUCAUGGCAAUGUGUUUAUAUGAGGUAUGCAGGCAUCACAAUUUUGUGUCUUGAAGUACCAUGUGCUAAAAGUUACAAGCCACCUUACAGGGACACUAUAGUCAGUGUAUAGCCAGUCCCUACAGGCAUUUUAAUGUAAACCCUGCCUUUUCAUAGAAAAGGCAGGGUUUACAUUGCUGCAUAGGGACACCUCCAGUGGCAGUCACUCACACAGCCACUAGAGGUGCUUCCUUGGUCUCUGAUAGACAAUGCGCAGCUCUGCUCUGCAUUGAGGCUCUGAACUUUCCCCACAGAGAUGCAUUGAUUCAAUACAUCUGUAUGAGGAGAUGCUGAUUGGCGCAGCGCAACGUUUUGCCAUGCGUGCGCUGCGCAAUCCUGACGCUCACGUAGCUGACGUUCACGUGAUUCACGUAGUUGUUGGUCACGUGACUUCCGGUCUAAGUGCCGAUACGUCAUUUCCAUUUUCCUAUGUUUACAAUCGGAGCCUUCCGGUAUCAUUUUGGGCAAAACGUCACCUCUGUUUUUCAACAUGAAACCAAGUAGGGCAAGCCUUAUACUAUUAGUUGAUCAUAGUAAGUCCACAAACUCUUUGUGGACUUAUUAUGAUAUUUUAAAAUUAUAUAUUUUGCUAGAUGGAGUGGGUGGGAGUUAUGGAGAAUUGGGGAGUUUACUGUUAGUGCUGCUUACUGCUAGCUAGAGGUUAACGGUAAAAAAAAGUUUAUAAAUAUUUUAAAAGUGUAAAAAAAGCUUUAAGAAAUUUUUAAAAAGUUAAAAAAAUUAGUACGUAAACAAAAAUGUUUUAAAACAAGUUUUAAAAAGUAAACAACGUUUAAAAAAAUUUAAAAAUAUAUAUUUAAAAAUGCUCAUUACCACUACACCUGGAACAAACUAGUGAAAAAAGGAUCCCACGCUAAGGUACCCCAGGGUGUAUUCCUUAAUAAAUAGUAUGUGUUUGUGGGGAAGUUUGAAUAACCAACCAGCUAAACUAUUCCGAAAUUAAACAUGGACACAGCGUAAAACUUCAAAGUUAGAAACAAACUGAAUGACUGCGUCUCAAAUGUGCCCCUUCAGCAUCCACAUAUACCUGGCAAAGGUACAUACGGAGGUAUUGCUGUACUCAGACAACAUAGCUGAGCAACAUAUAAAGUAUUAUACAGUCGUAGCACACAUAAGGUUUGCAAAAUAUACUGUGCAAACUCACUUUGUGUGUCAAAAAGGCAGAAAAAAUGCUUAUUACCACUACACUUGGUACAAGCUAGCAGAAAAAGAAUUCCACAUUAAGGUUCAAAAUAUGCCUUUUGAAAUACCCUGGGAUGCCUUCUUUAAGAAAUGGUAUGCCUUUAUGGGAUAGUUGGAUUAUAUUGGAUUGGAUUGGAUCAGGCUACCACUUCUGAUGAUGUCAGCAGACAGCUUGUUUUUCUGAGGCAAAUAUCAUGCAGAUCUACAGCUUCAGGCUUGAAUACAGUAAGAUUUUGCUAUAUUUAUAGAGGCAUGAUGGGUCCAGGGGGGCUAGAUGGUGGUUUUAACACUAUAGGGUCAGGAAUACAUGUUUGUGUUCCUGACCCUAUAGUGAUCCUUUAAGGGGAUAAAGGGACUCUCCAGUGCCAGGAAAACAAAUCCCUAAUCCUGCAGUGCCCCUCUCCCUCCCACCCCCCAUCCCAUGUUGCUGAAGGGGUUAAAACCCCUUCAGUGACUUACCGCAAUCUAGAGCUGAUGUCCCUCGGCGCUGCGUCAGGCUCCGCCCACACUCCACAAUGGCCACGUGUGCGCAUUAGUCCUCCCCAUAGCAAAGCAUUAUUUAAUGCUUUCCUAUGGGGAUUCUGGCAACUCUGGAGGUCCUCAUGCAUGAUGGGAGCUGGCACCCAGACCACUCCAAUGGGCAGACGUAGUCUGGGUGCCUGGAGUGUCCCUUUAAGGUAACUAGUUUCCAGGUUCACAAUAUGCAGCAAGCACAACAUGUUUCAACAGUUUUCCUGUGUCUUCCUCAGGCACCCGAGGUUAUUUAUUUUUACCAUAUAUUAUAAAGACUAUACUGCCCUAUGAAAGUGUCUGUUUUAUCCCUGCAGUGAUACCUACAGAAUAUUGUGUAUAAACAUAUUUUUAUACACUCUUUUGGGCCACUGUGUUGCACUAUAUGGUUAAGGGUAUUGACUUAUAAUAUACUCCAUACUGAUAUAUGCGCUAUUCUCUACUUUGGGCCCAAAUCCCUCGGUCCCUAAUGUACCUCUUUUCUAGGAGCUCUAUAUUGUUGGUGAAUAACAGAAAUUGUUAUUAAGUCUACUAGAGUUUCAUAAAACCGCCCUGCCCCUGGCCACACCUAACUCACACUAAUGUGUAAUCCUAAUAAUCACUUUCAAUUGACAGGCUGUUUCACUACUUCUACUUUAAGACCUUUGAUUUUCACAGAUGUUUUCGUUUGGCAGUAUUACAUACAGCUUUUGUUUUUACCUGAGCAUUUUUGAGAACCAACUCUGACUUAGUUCUCACAAGGGAUGGCCAAGGGUGACUGUCAGGAUGACAGGCAGUUGAGGUGUAUUUAACCCUGCAAUGAAAUUCCUACAAAACGGCAGUGUUUUACAUUGCUGAGUUAAUACGGCAGUGAUACUGCACCUGACUACUUCAUUAAAAAUAAAGUGGUCUGGGCGUUUUUACUGUCACUGUAAACAACCAAAAUAUCUGUUAUAUAUCUGUUAUAAAUAUCCUAUAUUUAUACAAUAAAAAAAGAAAAUCCAGCGCACUCCAUUAUCCUCUAAACAGCAACUUCAGUGUUGACACACACACACACACUGACUGACAGACUCACUGACUGACUGACAGACACACUCACUGACUGACAGACAGACACACACACACUCACUAACAGACACAAACAUUUACACAUUCUUGCACACACUCACAAAUCAUUUUAUUUAUUGCUCAAUAUCUUUGGGAGCUGGUGUGGGGCCUGGGGUCUCCCUUCCUGCUCCUCACGCAUGCAGUUUGCUGGGCCAGAAUGACGAACAGACUGAGCUCCCUCACUGCCAUCAGUGACCUCUCGCCCGGCCGGGUAAAUUUUAGCAGAGUAAGCACUUGCAAUGUGGGGGGAGCAGGUGCCUACUCUGCCUUAACAUGUCAAACUCGCAGCUCACUGGGCCGCAAAGAUAUUCAUUGUGAACCACAUGUGCCCCUUGGGCCGCGAGUUUCACAUGCAAGGUCUAAAACUCUGUAAUCCAGGGAGCAUUGCAUCUAUUUAGGAAAGGUUGAAAAAGAAAACAUUAUAUAAAGUGAAUAUCUCGAGGUUCUUUUUGUUUGUUUGUUUGUUGGUUUGUUUUUUCUCUGCACAAAAACUGCAUUUUCCUUAAUGUCCAGGCGACCCAAAGUAUUUUUUUCUAAAAUGUAAUUUUUCUAAUUUUGCUAUCUUACAACCCCUUUUGGUGACCUGUACAUAACUUUGUAGCCAGUUAUCAUAUCAGUAAAUUCCUAUCACAGUUCCCACAGGUUCAUUUUUUUUAUGGGUGUGCCAUGUCUGCAGUAUUAAGAUAACGGAAAUUUUGCAAGAAUAAAAAAGUAUGACUUAUAUAUUUAAAGCCAAGCCUCUCAAACUAACUACAUGUUUAUACUUUAACAAACUAGUUUAGACUUGUAUUUCCUGAUCAUUGAACAUGGUAUUGGAUUACAUAUUUUAGAGAUCCUGGCUUUACAAAGUUUCUCAAAGCUGAUGAAGAAAGCAGCUGCCAGACAGGGCACAUAGAUGCAUUUUAAAUUGACUCUCCAAACACCAUAACCACUACUACCUGUUUGUAGAAGUUAUUGUGAAGGAAUGUCCUGGUUCCAGCCUGGAGUCUCCCCAGCACCCAGGCUCACCAUCUCUGCUUUUUUAAUUAUUCAGGCAAAAUUUGGUCAUGCUAAAACACCAUUAAAUCCUUUGUGUCACAGAGAGCCAGGGCUGCCAUCAGAAAUUUUGGGGCCCCUGACACAGCAUAAGGUCUGGGCCAUCCGUUGCCUGCACCCGAGUCCGCCCAAAGUGCUAGUGAAAUGUUAGUGAAUAGUGUGUGUAAAUGUUAGUGUAUAGUGUGUGUAAAUGUAUAGGGCUGCAAAAUGUGGGGGGAAAAGCCUACAGUUUUUUUCCCCAUCCAUUAAUUGUAUUGUUUUAUUCCCCCCCUCCCUGUAUCUCACCUGUGGCCAUGGAGGGAGAUCACAUUGGCUGGAGCCGGAGGUCCUGAGGAAUGGAGCAGCCCCCACUACCUGUAUUCUGCAGGGGGCCAAGCACACUUGAAAUAUACUGCCCAGAUGCUCUGCUCUGUUGAGGUCUCGGGAGCCGUGCGGAGCGUUGCCAUGGCAAUGAUCGCGUCGCUCGCAUCGCUCGCGAGACUUCGACAGAGCAGAGCAUCUGGGCAGUAUAUUUCAAGUGUGCUGGGCCCCCUGCAGAAUACAGGUAGCGGGGGGCCCGCAGUGCACACAUAUAUAGCGUUAAUUGCUAUAUAUGUGUGCACAUAGCUAAUGUGGGCAGUGGCGUACACACAACCCAUGGGGCCCCGGUGCGAAAACUGACCUGUGGGGCCCCCCCGCGCUUACUCUCAUUGACAGCCACUAGAGGACCUCCGCGAUUCUCACUGUGAAAAUCACAGUGAGAAGACGCUGAAUGUCCAUAGGAAAGCAUUGAGUAAUGCUUUCCUAUGGGCGGUUUGCAUACGCGCGCGGCUCUUGCCACGCAUUUGCAUUCGGAGCCGAGAAGCGGGUCAGGGGGGAGAGAUCCCCAGCGCCAAGGGAGUCCGGCGCUGGAGAAAGGUAAGUACUUAAGACACACACACACUCUCACGAACAGACGCAUACACACUAGCUAACAGACACACACAUUUACUGACAGACACACACUCAGUGACAGAAAUACACACACUCACUCACAAAACACACACUCACUAACAGAUGCACACAAACUAUCACACUCAGUAACAGACACACACAGUAACACACUCACUGACACACUCUAACACACACACACACUAACACACACACCCACUCACACACUCUAACACACACACACACACACUAACACACACACACUAACACGUUUCUUUUUUUUUCAUCCCCCCAGCCUCCCUACCUUUGGGAGUGCUGAGGGAAUUCCCCGGGGUCCAGUGGUGUCACCCGGGGCACUCUCCCAGACGUCAUCUUCCAGCUCUGGCAUCAGUGCGGUGCGCAAGGGAGCUGAAGAGGAAGCACUCAGGGGAGAGUGCUCCCUCGCGCGCCCGCCAGCCCGCCCGCCGGGUGACACCAGGGACAGCCUCGGGAGCCCUGAGGUGACCGGCUGCUGGGACCCCCAGGAGAAGAGGCUGGCCACAACGGGUACAUACCGGGUCGCAGGGCGGCCGGGCCCUCUGCGAUCCCGGUAUGUACGCCACUGAAUGUGGGGCCCGGGACGACCUGAGCCAUCCGGGCCCCCCAGGACCGCCGGACCCAUGACAACCGUUAUGGUUGUCAUGCCCUGAUGGCGGCCCUGCAGAUUGCCGGUAGCAAUUUGGCAGUACUGAGGGAGUUAAUGAUGAUCUGGCACAGCCAAAGAGUGUGAGUGCUUAGCCCUGUGCUUCCAGCUCAUCAGUGAUUUCCAGGAUUGGACAAAUGAUGAUAAAGUUAAUUUCUGCAUUAUUUGAAGCACAGUGGCAAGGUUGGCUUUUAUAUACCCAGAAUGUCCGUUUUUAGUAAUUCUUUUUUUCCUAAUCUUAUUCAAAAUGGUUUGACAAAAAUGGAGUAGCACCUAAAAAUAUGUUGCCAGUAACGUCUGCAGUGAACUGUACUGGUUAUGGUUUAUGGUAAAAUAAACUUGAGGAUCAUUAUAGUAUUUUUUUUAAUUUUUUUUAGGAACAGCAAUUAUGUGUGAAAAACCCAUACUUCACUAUUUCAAUGGAAGAGGCAGAAUGGAGCCAAUCAGAUGGCUUCUAGCAGCAGCAGGUGUAGAGGUGUGUAUUUAAAAAUAUUCUAUGAAUAACACACACGUAUAAUGUAAAUUCAAAACUUGGCAAUGCUUAUUUUUGUGUUGUUUUUGCUGUCUUCUGCUUACAAUUAAAAUGUACUUCACCUCUUUGUUACCAAGAGUUUUUUUCUUAAAAUAAAUUAGUUUAACAUUUAUGUUAAACAUGGAAUGCAUAUUUAGCAAAUAAAUUUAAAACUAUUUUGUGCGUAGAUCACUGUUCUGCGAUACCUAAAAAUCAAACUAAGCACAUUUACAGAAUUUUAGUAUUUCAUUUAUUUGAAAUAAUAUGAAAGGUAGCACAAGUUAUAUCCCCUAGCAUGAAUGCCAAUAAUUUAACUCAGUCUGAGGAAUAUUAAUAUAUAACAGGGUCUAUGAUAAAGUGUCUUAUGGCACAAAAACCCUUAUACUAUUGCCGCCACCCCCAUCCUUGGGUCCCCUGUAAUGUUUUUUUUAAUGCAGGGUCCAACGUAACUGCAGUUCUUUUCAUUUAAAAGCAGAAAUACAAUCUUUGUCACACACAGUAGCUGUAACAAAGAUACAUAAAAAUGGCCAAAUAAAGAGCUAUUUAGCUAGAAAAUAUUCACACCCCUCUUUCUAUGUCCUAAUACUGGUUAUAUAGCAAACACUAACACACAGAGGACAGUCUUCGACCCUUACCAGGGCAACAGGUCAGAACACUCCUCUUCCGCAUUGCAGAAACGAGGAGUCCAACAGAGGACACAACGCAUAUUGACCUGCCAAUGCCUCGAUUCCCAAACCCCCCUAGUCGAGGAGCGAGAUGCCAAGUUCUGCAGCAAUCUGUUGCGAUCUACCUGUAGAUCGAUAAUUGUAUAAAAUGGUUAAUAUUAAAUAAAGAGAAUUUAAAAAAUAAAAUAAAAAUAAUAAUAAUUCUACCAGGUCUUCAUAUGAUAAAUGUAUGUGUUCAACAAAUCUUCAAGGGGUUGUAACAUAAUGUCACUGUAAGGGAGGAUACUUCAGAAUGUACCCCUGCUAUGUCUGGUACCUAUUGGUUGUAAAGCUGUCAUAUCCUCAUUGUAUUUCAUGUAACCACAUACAAUAUGACAAUAAAGAAUUAUUUUUUAAAAAAAAUGGCCAAAUACCCUGCUUGCAUUUAGUAUUAUAUUUCUUGCAAUGCAGCAUUCUAAAAAUGGCAGCAGAAUGUAAUGUACAAGAAGUACAGGGCAAAGCAGGCCAAAACCACAUCCUGCAAAGGAUACAGUAGUGUAUUCAGUGUUCCUCCACCAUCUAUCCUCCCUUAAGAAUUAAGUGCUAUUAUUUACUUUUAUUACAUUUUAUAUCUUUAGUUUGAGGAAAAAUUUGUGGACACACGAGAACAGUAUGAAAAAUUACUUGAAGGUAAAUCACUUUUUGCCAAUAUUUUAUUAUUACAUUGGGAAAGAUUUAAGCUGUUCAAGCAUUUGAUAGACUGCACUCAUUGUUAGUUUAUAAUUGUAUUGUAUUGUAUGUAUAAUUAAGUAAUUAUAAUUAUUAGGCAAUAUUUAUGUCAAAAUAGCUGAGCUAAAGGUAUUCACAAGGUCAUUAUUUUUUUCUUUCUUAAAAUUCAUCCUACAUUGUAUUAUUAACUGUGAUUUGAUUUUUAGUGAAUUCACUUUUAAUGCUUGCUAUAUUGGAUAUUUGUAAAUCAGGCCCCUGGUGCUAACAGUUGAUCUUAAAAUCUUAAAGUGACUCUGUCACCCUGCCCAACAAAACAAAUGGAGUAUUCCAUAAAGAAAAAUCUCUAUGAAAUGCACACACGGACUGUGUUGACAUUUCACUGAAAUACCAGUGCUAUCAAAAUAUAUCAUAAGACAAAGUAGGAACUAAUGAGGGGCUAGAAAAAGGGCAUUGUCUGUGGAGGCUCCUGUGCUCUUACCAGAUGCUCCAUAGACAUCGGUGUUGUACUUUUGCGCACGCGCAAGAUUUGAGCACUGACAUGGGCUUCUGUCAGAUGAUGCAUCAGUAGGUGGUGAGGGUCCCUGAGUUGGAGAUGCAUUCCUGGGUCACCGCUCACCAAGCAAUGAUGUCGGCAUCAGGGCUUCAGAAUUUUACAAUGCCGUAUUACUAACACUACAGUGUCCCUCUGCCCCUUCAUCCCCCAUGAAACUCUUUAAACACUUACCUGAUUCCUGCACCAAGAUCAUUGAUUUCCUGUGUAGAUUCACAAGAUGCUUGACAUCCACAUGCAAAGUGUGAGCGUUGUUUCACCAAGUUUAAUUCUGUGAAACCACAGGAAGCAUCUCUAGUGUCUGUCUGGUAGACAAACACUAGACGCAGUCUUAACCCUGCAUUGUAAACAUUGCAGUUUCUCAAAAACUGCAAUGUUUUACAUUGCAGGGUUAAAAGAACAGGGACACUGCACCCAAACCUCUUCAAUGAGAUGCAUUGGUCUGUGUGAUGGUAGUAUACGGUAUCACCGUCAAGCAUUCCCUUCUUCCCAUAAAAGAAAAUCACCCAAUACUCCACAAGAAGAAAUAUCCCUGGUAUCGCCGAAUAACCCACACAUGAGCCAAAGCUUAAUGCUGGAACAAGACUGAUUCGUGGAGGGGAACGUAUUCAUCCAGGACUUCCAUGAAAACCGGGCGUUCGCAUGUUUGCUUUGCCAAAAUUGUUCCAUGCAAUUCAUGCGUACGCCCCGCUGACCGCAUUCAUGAGUUUUAAGAUGGCCGCCAUCCUUUGUUCUCACAACGUGUUCGUAUGCCGAAUGGCGGCCACCUAGGAGCAAUUAAGUUGCGGUUUUCUCCACGUUCUAAUGCUGAUUGCUACCCAGGACAGGUGGUCUUUCGUUCGGUAGACGAAUACAAUUAUUCAACACAUACCUAUUACAAGUAUUUGAACAGCAGGGAGAAGGUACAACUGAAGGCAUACACGUAAGUACAUGAAAUCUUUCACAGUCUGGAUGCCUAUAGUGUCCCUUUAACUGCAAACCAAGGAAUGAUGCUUCCUUGAAGCAGGUAAAUAAAGUUCAUAUACAACCUCUAUGUUUGCAUAAUUCAAAUCAACUUGAUUACACUUAAUCCUAAAUAGAUUUUUUUUUUCUUAGAAAGCACAACAGAUGUUUUUCUACCCUGUAUGCUUCACAAAUGUAGUGUCCAACUAUAGAGGACAUGCAGUUCUCCCUAAUUUAUUGAUAAUACACCAAGGGGAUGGCUGAUUAUUGCCAUUACUGACGGUAUUAAAUAGGUAAAGAUGACUCUUUCACAUGUUUCUGAUACAACCUAAAAACACUAAUAAUGGGGUGAUCAUUAUAUUGGUGUUAUACUAGAAAUACAUCCAACAACAAGUGUAAUGGUGUAUGUGGCAUAUUUACUAAUACCAAGGCCUUGUGAUCGGCGUCAGGCGGCAAUGCUGGAAGGCAAAGGUUACAAGCUGACAUGCUGUUUGAGGACAACUUGACAAAUUGUCAUAUAUACUUGUGAUGAAAGCACCUUUGUCACUGGGAUUUGGAGAGGCCUGCUUGCCAGCCUCUUGCCCUGUAACUAUGGCCCUGUGGUGAACUUUGGGGCUAAAAACCCUGUUCGUUCCUUUUCCCUUCUAUGGUGCAGUAUAUGGAGCUUACUGAAUAGAUUAGGUUUAUGGUGUUCGUUUACCGAACAAACUAUCAAACAGCCGGACCACCCGCAAGUUGAGUGUGCAGUGUUAACCUCCCAGAAGCUGUGGUUAACCACAGCUUAAUUGACGAGCGGCUGGGUGGUCGCCAUUCGUAUAGUUGAACACGUGGCGGCGGCCAUCUUGUUUAAUCGAAUGUGGUCAGUGGUGUUUUGCCGUUGAGUUCAUGGAACGGAAAUCAGACACUCAACGGCACGAACACCACUGGGACUUCCAUCUCCAUCUAUGUUCGGCUAAAUAUGCAUGAACAGAGCGCCAUUUGGUAGAAAUAAUCUACCGAACACACUUCAACACUGACUUUGUACGAGCGGUCCCGUUCGACUAUUUGAAGUACACUUUAAUCAUUGGAAAUAGACCAGCCACACAGCCUAAUUCUCUGGGCAUGAAGCCAUGCUUGUGGCCGGUCAAAAAGAGACUUUUGAACCCCUGCUCUGAUCUGGGUAAUUUUUGGAUAUGUUGUUCACUCAGAUCAGGGCUAUCAGGGGAUAUGCUGUAUUUUGGGGUACUUAUGAGACUUUGUAAAAUAUGUGUUUUUUAUGCUUGGGGAUAAUUACGUUAAUACAUUAUCUACCUUAAUUGUAUCACAGGCAGAGGGGAGGGAUUGUGUGCUGUAUGUGGGAGUGUCAGGCAUUGUUACAUUGUUUCUAUUGUUCUGUACAAUUUGUGUCCUGUGCCCCAUCAGGUCCAUUGGGUGUUCCCCUGGCCUAAAAAUCCAAUCUGUACCAUUAAACUCUCAGAUCAUCUUGCACCUUUAUGAAGUCUUGGCUCAUGUAUGGGGGAUUGGAGAACUACAUUCACUCUGCGGAUUGCUAUAAUCACUAUACUCCCCGGAGUAUAAUCACUAGCUCUUAUAAGAGCUGUUCCUGCUAUACUCUCUGAACUAAGAGAGGCCUACCCACUGGAAGCUGAAUCCUGGUCUUGGGUUCAGGGUGGGUGGAGAACGGCGAGACUCCAACCAAGCUGCGGCGGUUUGUUGGGUUUACGGUGGUUAUGGUGUUCCAGUGCAGUGCUUAUGCUACUCGCCAGUACUAGAAAGCAGCGAUUGACAGAGGUAACUGGUCGGAGUGCCAGGCGGUCCGUCACAAUACUCCUCUCCUAUAUUGAAAUAUGUGAACGUGCAGCGGUGGGGCAGUUAAAGAUUACAGAUGCUUUACAGCUGUUUACUGCGCGGGUUCCCAGAAGUAUUGCAGCAUUAUAAUAUGAACACAAUAGGUGGAGCAAUAUGUAUACUUUCCUCUCUUAUUCAAUCGGUUGAACAAUGCUGAAAAAACAGAGGGAUACACAAUAGUGCAGAGAGGAAAGUAUACAUAUUGCCCCACCUAUUGUGUUCGUAUUAUAUGUAUUUUCUGUGUUGGUAUAGGGGAUACCACACAGGUGUUUAGAGCAUUCUAUCACUAUUAUAUAUAUAUACCACUUGUUUUGUUUCUUGUAUUGCAGCAUUAGUCUAAACUAGAUCAUAUUAUUCUGCGAUUACCUCAUGUUCAUUCUACCCCUGAGAUAGGUAGAUUGACAUAGAUGUGUAAAACAGGAGAAGAAAUGGUAAAGUGAACGUUAGAAUGAAUUAAAUGUGUGACCUAAUGUAGAACGCCCUGAACUUGUUUAACAGAAAACAUGCUGACAGUAGAUAAAUAGCGUUUGCUGCUCAGCUAGCCUGAGGCAUUUUGGUGGAGACAGAUAAAUCAGUCAUGCUUUUUUAAAAAUUAAUAAACAAAAUGUUAUAAGUAGGAACAUAAAGACACAGUAGUAUUUUGUAUUUAGCUAUAUGUUUUGCUAGGGUUUAUUUAUUUAGCAAAUGCCAAUCUUUUGCGUCCAGUUACAUGUAGGAAAAAAAUACGCUACUUAAUAAAUACAUAAAUCACAGUUUUAAGUGACAUUUCAGCAAUUUGUUUCUGAAUUUCACAAACUUGGGGAAGAUUCUAGAUUUAGGUAAAACAUAAAUUUUCAGACUAUAUAUAUAUAAAACCAAGAGGGCUGCACUCACCUGAACAUGCAUACAUUAUAGGGUGCUGCUGGGGGCAAAGUUAUACAAAAUACAGAAUCCAGCGCACUCGCUUAUUCACUAAACAAUGAUUUCAAAUUUUAGAGAUUGUAAUAGUUUUAUUUAAAAACACCUCACCUAGGCAAAAAAUAAUAGGGGUUUAGUUACAUUAUAUGAUAAUAUAUUGAAUAAGCCUGCCACAAUGUCAGUGUACCCCAUUCUUGGUAGGUCCUACUCUAGCAGCCUAAUGCUUGCUCUCUCGAGUGCGCUGGAUUGUGUAUUUUGUAUAUUUUGGCCCCAGCAGCACCCUUUAAUGAAUGCAUGUUCAGGUGAGUGCAGCCUUCUUGGUUUCAUUUAUAUAUUUGGGAGUCCAGGUCAACUACUUGGUUUUGCACCCCUCCCUGUCACAGGUGCCUCAUUCCAGGACCCUAUUUAGCCUUGACAGAGAGUCCCAGUAAGAAAGUAUUUCCCAAGUAAGUGGAUUAAUCUCAUAAGAGCAAGCAUUAGGCUGCUAGAGUAGGACCUGCCAAGAAUGAGGUACAUUGAUGUUGUGGCAGGCUUAUGCAAUAUAUGAUCAUAUAAUGUAACUAAACCCCCAUUAUUUUUUGCCUAGAUGAGGUGUUUUUAAAUAAAACUACUACAAUCUCUAAGAUUUGGAAUCAUUGUUUAGUGAAUAAGCUAGUGCGCUGGAUUCUGUAUUUUAUAUAUAUACACCCAAGUAUCGCUAUAGCAAAAAAUAUUUUGCACCCUAUUAUUAAAAUUAGUAUUUUUACAUAAAGUUUAUAAAUGUGUUCAGGGGGCACUUCCCUAUGUAAACUGUUGUGCACACCAAUGUGAAGAUUGCAUAUUUUACUGCCCUUUGACUAAGGUUCCUUUUUUUCUAAAAACUAAAGUGAAUAAAAAAAAAAAAAGGAGAAAAAUUAGAAAUAGGACAAAAAAGAUUAUUUAAAAAAAAUAAAUCUGUAAAGUGACAGUUUUGUAGCCCAUGGAGCAGCGCAGCUAAGGGGAAUGGGCCUUGACAUUGCUGGGAGACAGGCAUAGAAUAGGGGUAUGUAUGGAUUGGCUAUGUGGAUAUUGGGGGUGGGAUUUUGGGUAAGUAUAUAUAGGGGGCCAUUUUAUAUUAGGGGCCAUCUUACUUAAACCUCACUUACCUGUUGUGGUGACGGGGGAUGGAUAGAAAAGUUGGGGAGCAGGUAAUUUGUUCAUAGGUCUGUUAGUUUUAGUUCGCUAAGAACAGUUAAGUUUGGAAUGGUAUUGGUAGGGUCGAGCUCAUUGGUAGCUCCGAACCUGGUGUUUGUAGGGUGUAUCUUGGUAUACCCCUACAUUGUGAAAGCUGGAAAAUCAUGCCAUCAGUGGCAAUGGUUUAUGUUUUAUGUUUAUUUAUAUGUUAUAGGUGGUAUCAAUGAUUGUUUAUGUGGGUCAUUGUCGGGGUAGCAAUGUUAAAGGAAUGGGGUUAAUAUUGUAUUAUGUAUUGUGUUGACAAUGACCUUACAAUUUUAUGUUACCUUUAUAUCAUUAAAGCUGUGAUAUUAAUUUACAAGGUGUCCACGUAUUUUGGGGGGUAUGGGGUAAAUUAAGCAUAUGCCAAAAGGGGACUAUGAAUAUGCCAUGCUUUAAUUUUGCAUCUAUUUACAUUUUGUAGAUGGAUCUUUGUUGUUUCAACAACUCCCAAUGGUGGAAAUGGACGGAAUGAAGAUCUCACAGACUAAAGCCAUUUUGCAAUAUAUUGCUUCAAAAUACAAUAUGUAUGGGAAGAACCUAAAGGAGCGAGUAGUGUAUGCAUUUAUUACAAUAUAUUGAGCCUUUCUUUAAACCAUCCUGUUUUCUGCAAUUGGUACACAUAUUUCAAAUGUUAGAAAAUGUGGCCAUUUAGAGGAACGUGGUAGAACAAUCAGUUGCAAAUUUUGCCAGGAAAUGACUGUAAAGCAGCAGUGUCCAAUAUAUAGUCAAUUUCACACAGGAAGUACUGCUAACUUUCCUCGAAAUGACAGCAGGAGCCUGCUUUCUGAACAUAGUAAAAUAUUAUUAGCUCGAGUGACAGGAGGUGUAAGCGAACAUUUACAGUGGGUGAAUGAAAAUGGCUCUUAAAGCAGCUCUGUCAUCUUCAGUGGUGUUUGCAUAUUUGACAAUGAUCCCCUAAUGUCAUGAUUCUGAGCAGGUCAGAUAUGAGACUUUGGCCAGAGUUACCAAUAGGGUCUUUAUUGCUGGAUUUGGACAUAAAAGAAUAAACAGGAUGUCUGAUAAGUGAAAUUAUAGGAAAGAGAGAGAAAACAGAAAUAAAGGGAAUUAGGCAACAUGCCCUAAAUAGAAUAUAAACAGGAAUGCAUAAUACGAAAACCUAUAGAUAAAAGUAUAGGUUAAAAUAGGACAAAUAAAAUAGAGCAGGACAAUAAGGUUGCAGAAUUACAGGAAAAGGAGAACUUUAGUGUAAGCCCCCUAUUUGAAGGAGUAUUGCUCAAGUAGGAAAAUAACACCAUGUAAUAUUACUUUGAGGCAAAGUCCAGAGUGGUGUUAUGCAGGCAGUUAUAGGGCAGAGAGAUAUACAAAAAGAAAAAAGCAUCUACAGGUGGUGGCUGUCAAAAACCGGACUAAUCCACUACAGCCUGUAGAAAAAUCACACCUUAAAAGACACUCCAGAAGUGUCUUGGGGCUUGACCCCUAAUAAAGAGAACUAUAAUACACUCAAUUUAUGAGUAUCCUCUGGAAAACUAAUAACCAAACAAUAAUGAAUGUAACUAAAUGCUAUACAAAAUAAUAAAUAGAAAUAAACACCAUAGAGAUACUAUAGAACGAUCAGAUGGAAGAAUAGGUGCCAAGUGGCUUGCCUCCUAUCCUAGAGUCUCUAAAAUAGUCGCUGAAAUUUGCAGACUUAGACUUUAAUAUAAUCCAUAGUGGUCAAUGUCUGCAAUUUAUAUCAGCUACACAUGAAAAUACAAGGAGAAUGUAGGAAUAUACUAAAAGUAAUGUAAAAUUUAUAAUAACUUGCAUCACUUAAUAGUGAGGUAAAAAAUAUAUAAAUUACUUAGAAUUUUUUUUUUUUUUUUAUUUCGAGCAAAAUAUCAGGCUGUAUCAGAGUACUAAUACUUCCCUAUUACAAGGAUGGCUAUUAGAGAUAAAUAAUGAUCAGUGCUAUAAAGCUUAAUUAGAAGAACACUAUCCCUGUAUAGCAUGUGGUUACUUAAUAUAUAAGUGUUUAUUUACAUUAAUAUCGCUAUAUUGAUACUCUCUACUGUUUAAAUGUAUCGAUUUAAAUAUUCAGAGUUUAGCUAUACAGGGAUGGUGUUCUUCUAAUUAAGCUUUAUAAGUAUAUUCCUACAGUCUCCUUGUAUUUUCAUGUGUAGCUGAUAUCAAUUGCAGACAUUGACCACUAUGGACUAUGUUAAAGUCUAAGUCUGUGAAUUUCAGCGACUAUUUUAGAGACUCUAGGAUAGGAGGCAAGCCACUUGGCACCUAUUCUUCCAUCUGAUUGUUCUAUAGUAUCUCUAUGGUGUUUAUUUCUAUUUUUUAUUUUGUAUAGCAUUUAGUUACAUUCAUUAUUGUUUGGUUAUUAGUUUUCCAAAGGAUACUCAUAAAUCGAGUGUUAUGGUUAUAGGGCAGAGAGGCUGUAUGGAUUAAGCAGGUAUAAAUCAGGAUGGCAGAAUAAAGCUGGAUAGUUGUGAAGUUCGGGUUGGAAGUCAAGCAGGAAUGCAGGCUGGUAUGGAGCAGGUAAGUAAAUGAAGCAGGAAUUCAGAGUUGUUCAGGCUGGUAUGGAGCAGGUAAGUAAAUGAAGCAGGAAUGCAGAGUUGUUUAGGUUGGUAUGGAGCAGGUAAGUAAAUGAAGCAGGAAUGCAGAGUUGUUUAGGUUGGUAUGGAGCAGGUUUGAAGCCAAGAAGGUAAGUCCACAGGAGCCAGGAUCUGAAGUGUUUCAGGCAAAUCAACAACUUCAAUGUAAAGGCCAUGUGGUGAGUUGGGUGUAGCAGAUGAGGAUGAUAAAGUGAGUUUCCAGAACUAGAGGCAAGGGAGAGAACACUAGUAAAAAUAUAUGAGUGCAGAACCUUGGUUUUAAAGGAACAGAAUAAAAGUAAUAUAAGUCUUAGUUGUCAGGAUAGGAUCCUGACACCUAACUUGACACCCCUGCUUCGGGUGUGGAGUCUCAGGGUACAGAGGAAGGUAGUUUAUACUUUCCUGACGUCGUCUCUUGUGGGCACCGCCAUCUCUGGUCUUCAGCUCCUCAUGCGGCAGUGCUGUACUCUGGGGCAUGCGCAGGAGUGCAAUAAUGAUGUGCGGAGGAUCCUACAAGACUACAAGAGACUUCAUAGACUUACAGGGAUCACCGUAGUUAGUACUGCUUAGAAAUAUGCUGUUCUAAAAAGAAAUAUAAACAAUCCACAAUGUACUGAUGUAAAAAUAAGAAAAAACAAUCUACAGACAGGUUAUAAAUAAAUGGUUAUGUUAUAUAUUAUAUGCAUUAACAUUGUUUUUGGGAAUCUUUUUUUUUUUUUUGCAGUAUUGACAUGUAUGUAGAUGGAGCCUUUGACCUCAUGGCACUGAUCCUUUCUCAUUUCUUCAUGCCUGAAUCUGAAAAGGGAAAACAGUUGGAACUUGCAAAAAAGAGAGCAGUGAACCGAUACUUCCCUGUGUUUGAAAAAGUAUGGUAAUCGUUUCUAACUUUUUGAACACAGGGCAUGUUGUUAUACGUUUUAAUUAGAAGGCUCCCCUGUGGUAUAUAUGCAAGAAAUCAGGAUGCUUAAAAGGACAAUUUAGGCACCCAGAGCACUUCAUCUCAAUGAAGUGGUCUGGGAGCAGUGUCCUUUUCCACAUUCUUCCUGCAGUGUAAAACUUUGACUUUUUUGAGAAAUUGCAAUGCUUUUGUUGCAGGUUUAAGACUCUCUUCCAAACAGCCACUAGAGAUGCUUCAUGAAGUUUCACAGAGUUUAACUUCAUGAAACGAUGCUCGAUGUCCUCACUCUUUGCAUGAGGACAUCCAGAGUCUUUCAAAUGCCCAAAGGAAAGCAUUGUUUCACUCGCCGUGCAUGUUCACUAGGUUUCUAGAUCGCCAUGAUGUUGGCAGAGGAGAGCCCGAUCCCAUGCUGGAAUUAGGUAAGUGAAAGAAAGGGUUUUUAACCCCUUGUGACCAGGGUGGGAGUGGGGGGCAUUGAGGCAGAGGGACACUAUAGUGUUCCUUCAAAAUGGGGUUGGAACCUAUAAUGGUUUAAUCACUAAACAGUGUAUUGUGGUGAAUUUAAAACCAACAGGGUUGUUUACUAGAGCAAUAAUUCCUCUAUCUAGUUAAGCAAAUAAGCAGGGGAACUGCCCAUAGGAGAGACUGCCACUCCACUCCGUUCUCAGCACAGACCUGCAUACUGUCAGUGUAUAGAAGUCUAUGCUGGGGAUUGAUUUACACAUGGGUGACGGACAAUAUUUUUGAGAUCUUUUAAUUAAGAUUCAGCUAAAAACUUGCUCAGGCCCAGACCAACCUCCUUUGCCCCUGCUGCAUGAGACAAAUAACCAAAUUACAACCUCAUUUAAUUUUAACCAAAUCUUUCAGAUCUGGAAAUCUAUCCUUGGUGAAUAAUAUUCAUGCUAUUCAUGAUCACCUGUACUUGUGUUUUGUAUAAUUGUUUCACUUUCAGAAAAAAAUGGUGUUCACCAUUCAUGUUUGUUUUUACAUCUGCUUAAGGUGGAAUAUUAAGAAUAUUGUGUGUGUAUGUAUAUGUAUAUGUGUGUAUGUGUGUGUGUGUAUGUGUAUAUAUAUAUAUAUAUAUAUAUAUAUGUAUAUAUAUAUAUAUAUAUAUAUAUAUAUAUGUGUAUGUGUAUGUAUAUGUGUAUGUAUAUAUAUGUAUAUAUAUAUGUGUAUAUAUAUAUAUAUAUAUGUAUCAUUUGGAGCUAAAUAAUUAUGUUUUGUAGGCUUUAAAAGACCAGGAUUUUUUGGUUGGAAACCAGUUGAGCUGGGCAGAUGUAGUACUGCUGGAGACGAUUUUAAUGAUGGAGGAGGUCCACGAUGACAUUGUUCCUAUUUUCCCUCGGCUGCAGGUAAUGUGGGCACAAACACAAUGUGUCUGCGUGUUUCUGUCAAAUCUAUAGCAGUUUAAUAUUUCUUAAAUGUACUUUCCUGUAACAGUAUCGUGCUUCUUAAUUGGUUUGAUCAACCUGAUUUGAUUUUUGAUAUACUGGUAGCUUUUCAUUUGGCACUUUAAACCAAACCCUUAAGGAUUAAUGCCAAUACAAGUAAAGGGCUUGAUCUAAAGUUGCAUUUUAAUGCUCUUAUUGGUUUGAGCGUCUUGGGAGUAACCUUAGUUUGUAAUUGGUAAUCAACCGCCCUUGUUUAACAAUAACUAUUAAUGACUUUUUCACAUGCAAGUGUUAAUAAAGAGAUUUUUCAGCAUGUAUACAGCAAGUAUAUUUUGAGAGAAUAUAUUUUGUUCAUAAAAAAAAUCUGUAGAAUAUAUCGUGCUUGAGUAUAUCUGAUUUUAAAAAGUGCCCAAUGUUAUGAACUGUUAUACAAUGCAUUGCCAACUUCCUGCUUAAAAACCUGUUUUGCAAGCAGCAUGCAUGAGCCAUUUACUAAGUAAUACUUCUUCUACCCCUUUCAAAGUUACGUCUCAUAUUGCUGAAGCUGUUAGCAAGUUUUUUUUAAGAGUUUUAAAAUAGGUAUAUACAAAUGGGAAUUUACCAUUAUGUAGCUAGAAUUAUAUCAUUCUUAUUUAUACAUUAAGGUUAAGUGUCCUCCCUAAAGAUGUCAACAUGCUGGCUUUUGAAUGCUUGCUAGGGCAGCAGGACAGUAGAAUAGCCUUAAUCAUUCAAUCCUAGCUUAGAUUACUGAGAUCCUUGUAAAGAGGAAUAAUAUCAAGAAUUGUUUGCAGACAUGUCAAAUCACACAGCACUGCCAUUGUGACCCCCAAUUUACCCUCAGUCACCUCAUCAUCCAUCGUCCAACACUAUCAUCUGGUGUCAGCUGUAUCCUAGUACUGAAUGUCUCCAUCUUGUUUCUCUGUCAGUCAUUGUUAUAAACUCUGUCAUCAUAGAGAAGAUGAGGAGAAACAAAAACAUUGGGGGAGAUUUAUAAAAAUGUCAUAUUCUGGUACAAAGCUGUAAAAGUAGAACAGCCACUCAUGCAAUGUGCCUUCUAAUUCCACUUGUUUCCAUGAUGAUUGCCCGUUUUUACGAACUUUGCACCUCCUUUUCAGAACAGGACACGUUGAUCAAUACCUCUUAAAGCUUCUGUGUCUCCAAUACAGUGUGCACCCUGGCUGUCCUGGACUAAACUAAAAGAAUUAAAACACCACAUUAGGAAGAUUAACACAGGUUCCCUUGUAGUAAUUGUGGGAAAUUGCUAUAUGUAUUGUAUUGUCACAGGGUGAAUAUAUGGUAAGUUUGAUCCACAACCUAAGCAACAUUGCAUUUGUGCCAUUUCUAGGAUUUCAAAGAAAGAACAAGUGAGAUCUCAACAAUUAAGAAAUUCUUGCAGCCUGGAAGUCAGAAGAAGCCUAUGGCUGAUGCAGAGUAUAUAGCAACUGUGAGAGAAGUCCUUCAGUUUUAAAUACAGAAGACUGGCAUCAACCAUGCAUUAUUAUGAUUGUAGAUGGAACAUGAAUGUAGUAACCUAAAGAGCGAAUAGAAUGUAUUUUGAUGUAGAAUGGAAGGUUUUACAAUAAAAUAAAGAUAACACUAUCUCGGUUUAUAUAAAUUGGUGGAAUUUCCAGUUGGCCAAUAACCUUUUUUUCAGUACAAAUACAUAGUUACAUAGCUGAAAAGAGACAUGUAUCAAGUUCAGCCUUUAUCACAUAUGACUGAUCCAAAAGAAGGGAAAAAACUGUUAGAAGUGCUUCACAAUUUUGCAACAAACUAGGAAAGAAAUUCUACUUGAUCUCAGAAUGGCAGUCAGAUUUCUCCUUCGAUCAAGAAGCUGUUACCCGACAAAUUAAAAAUUACAUCCCUGAAUAUUACGUUUUUGCAAGUAUUCAUUCAAACUUACCAGGAAAGGUUAAAGGAUCUUAACAUGUAUAGCUUGGAGGAAAGACGAGACAGGGGGGAUAUGAUACAAACAUUUAAAUAUAUAAAGGGAAUCAACACAGUAAAGGAGGAGACUAUAUUUAAAAGAAGAAAAACUACCACAACAAGAGGACAUAGUCUUAAAUUAGAGGGACAUAGGUUUAAAAAUAAUAUCAGGAAGUAUUACUUUACUGAGAGGGUAGUGGAUGCAUUGAAUAG